AUGUUCACAUAUGUGAGCAGAUUUGAUGAUUUUUUCAUUUUUUUUUUUGAUUCCACAGUUAAUAAUGUCGACAAUAGAUGGCAGUUGGUUAUUUUUUUUUUUUGUUUUGGCAUCAAUAUUGCUGUCAUCUCACAGUUGUUGUUUUGAUAAAUUGAAAAAUUAUAUAUUUUGCAACCACAAAUUAUCUACAAAUGUUUUUAUGGCUUUAAUUAAACUACUAUACUAUAUAUGUUUUUAUUUAUUAAUCAUUUUAUUUUCAUUAUUAGGUGAUUUUAUUCUUAAAUUACCACGACCAAAUACAUUGUUUAUGUAUUUGGUGGCAAUAACCGAUACAUUGAUACAUGGUAUACAUGCAUUCUUCACAUGGUUAAUGUUAACAAUGCUAAAAAUUCGUACAAAUAAUAAUCCAUUAUAUUUCUGUGAUACAACAUUGAUUGUUCAUGAUAUUCUGAUUACGAUGAUAAUUUCAAUAUCAAUCGAUUUUGAUCAUAUAAUUGUAGCAAAAUCUUUUUCCAUACAAGAGAUUCAUAAAUUGACUGGACGACCAUUUUUACACAAUACUACAGCAUUAAUCACUAUGGCAAUAUUGUUCAUUUAUUUACCUGUUAAUAAAGAUGAUGAUAUCGAUCAACAUACAAUAUCAUAUUUUAAUCGUUUUGGUUGGCUUUUAUUUAAUGCUACGAUUGCUCAUCAUAUUCGUGAUGGUUUACGACAUGGUCUUAAUCUUUAUCCAUUUCCAUCUACGAAUUCUAUACCUUUGGUCACUUAUUAUGUAAUUUUAUUCCUAUUUCCAAUUAUCAUUCAUUGGUAUAGUCAAUGUAAAAAUGUUGAUUUUGGCUAUUCAUAUCGUUCAUCAUCGAGGAUGAUGGAAGAAAUUUCUGUAUAAUUUUUUUUUUGUUUCACCACCAAUAGAUGGUAAUAGUGCAUGUGUACAUAAAUCAUUUUUUCACAUUUUUUGAAGUUUAAUUACCGAACAUAAAUAACAUUCAAUACACAUGAUGACAUUCAUGACACAUUUGUUUCAAAUAUCGGCAUCGUUCAAGAGAAGAAAAAAAAACAACAAAAGGUCAACAAAAUUCUUUUUCGAUGACCUUUUUAUCCAUGAUCCCAAUUUGCUAAUAACUGUUUAACUGUUAAUCAUUAUAGCAAUCAAAUUGCUACAAUGUUGAAAUAGAGCAAAACAUAUUCGACAAUGAAAUGAUCAAAUAUAUUACAUUUUUUAUAUA